UGCACGGAGUUCUAAAACUCUAUAACAAGACGAGAAAUCACCGGAUUGACAUGGUCAGGGUCGAAAAUAUGAUGGUUCCCACGGUUCUCAUCUUCCACUUUUAUACCAAUUUCCUCCACUUCUGACGGUGGAUUGUGUGUUAACAACAGCAUUGAUUGUUGCUUCGUUGUCAUUGUUAUUCGUCAAAGAACCUCCUUCAGACGACUAUCACUUCGAAACCAUGCCUGACAUAACAGCUGCGACACUUAAGACCUCGUCCGAACAAGUAGUCAACCCAUCACUGCCACAUGACGAUUAUGGCCCACAGGUCAAUGUUUGCAUAUGGGCUCUGAGCUCUAUGGCGGUGGCAUGGUUAAUUCUACGGAUAUACUGCAAAUUUGUCCGCCAAAGGCGGCUCUGGUGGGAUGACUAUAUCUUGAUAGCUUCAUGGUUAAUGCUCCUCGGAGGCAACAUUUCGAUCACAUUUGCCAUCAGCUACGGUUUUGGGAGACAUUCAUACGACAUUCCGCUUCAGAACUAUUCCCCGAUGCUCUUUGUUUCGGCAUUUGCAGGAACAUUCAUGAUAAUUGCAGCUGCUUGGAGCAAGACGGCGUUCGCUGUCACCUUAUUGCGGAUAUCCUCGGGCUGGCAGACAGGGUUUCUAUGGUUCAUCAUCGUAUCUGUGAAUGCUGUCUUGGGUGUGAGCGCCGUGAUAACAUGGGCUCGUUGUUGGCCAAUUCAGAAAAUUUGGGUGAAUGUUAGCGGCACGUGCUGGCCAUAUCGGAUCAAUGUUCACUACAACAUAUUCACUGCUGCAUGGUCUGGAUUGAUGGACAUCAUCCUGGCAUUCCUUCCGUGGCAUAUUCUCUGGGGGUUGACUAUUGACAGAAAGGAAAAGCUGAGCGCACUGGCAGCAAUGAGUAUGGGAGUUUUUGCUGGCAUAACUUCUUUCGUAAAGAUUUACGCAAUUCAGGACAGUGGGAAUGCUGACAUCAUCGAUACUAUUCAACUAGUGGUACUGGCCACAGCUGAAGUUGCGGUGACCAUAAUUGCAGCAUCGGUACCCAUCCUCCGCGCACUCGCCCGGGACAAGUUCCCAAGGGCCGGCCCGUUUCUGGCACUCGAUGAAACAGAGCACUGGAGGACACAGCAAAUCACUGAAACCAACGCCAGUGGUCAUGUGAACCCACCUCCAAUGCCGGACUUAGCAAACGUUGAGAACAUUGAACUUCUACCUACGGCCAAGAAGAGAUGGUUUCAAGAUAAGAUGAAAGUUCAACAUCUUUCCCAAAUUGAAGAAUUCGACGAAAGCCCUGCUGAGCGAAGUCCUCGCAGACAUGGCUGGACACCAGUGUGAAUGGUACAUGUAAGGCUUUAUGACAGGUAUGAAUGAGUCGGUUCUACGUGUUUAUGGAGUUAAGGUGUUGGGGAUUGCAUAUGAUAUCCAGCCUUAUCAUCGUUUACCUCCUCGCGCAAGUGCACAACUGAUGGAAAAGUUGGCUACGAAUGUAAUUUGGACGGAUUUGUUAUAUAUGUAUUAUUACGUUCGAGAACAGUUGAUUGAAGGUUUUGGCAGUUUAUUCUGAUGUUAUCGUCCCAUUUGUACAUG